ACGAGGCAUUUGGCUACCUUAAGAGAGUCAUUAGUUACUCCCGCCGUUUACCCGCGCUUGGUUGAAUUCUUCACUUUGACAUUCAGAGCACUGGGCAGAAAUCACAUUGCGUCAACACCACUUUCUGGCCAUCGCAAUGCUAUGUUUUAAUUAGACAGUCAGAUCCCCUUGUCCGUACCAGUUCUAAGUUGGUCGUUAAUCGCCCGCCGGACGGCCGAAGCCUGCCAAGGGCGUCCCCCACCCGGUGCUGG